UAGCUAGCUUCGUACUUAUUGAUUGUUGUGAGUUGUGAGUAAUUUGUCUGUCAAAAACCGCAUUUGUAAAAUCAAACCCAAAAGAAGUAAUUUAUUGUGAAAAUGAACAAUCCAAUGCUUUUACAAAAAGCAAUUCGUCAAAAUAGUAACGAUCUUCUCGAGUUCUCAAAAGAUUUAAAGAAUUGGGGAGAAGAUAUGAAGCGAAAAGAAGAAACUUUAAAAAAAGGCAAACAGGAGACACCGGUCCCUCCAAAAGUACAUAAAAAACUUAAAGGUCCAAUGAAGUCCAAAGCUCCUGUUUCAAGAAUAGGUGGUACUGAUUAUGCAGCUUGGGAUAAAUUUGAUGCUGAUGCAGAGAUGGAAAGACUAGAAGACGAUUUAAAAGAUGAUUCAGAUCUUACAGAUGAAUGCAAUGAAAAUAUGUAUGAUGAAGCAAUUGUUGAAAAAGAAAAGGGAAAUAAAUUUGUCAAGAAUCAAGAAUGGGAGCAAGCAAUUAAAUGUUAUACAAAAGCUAUUGACUGUUAUUCAUAUGAUCCGAUUUUCUAUGCAAACCGAGCACUUUGUUACUUAAAACUUAGUAAAUAUGAGGAAGCUGAAAAUGAUUGCAAUCUUUCAUUAAAAUUAGAUGAUACUUACGUAAAGGCAUAUCAAAGAAGAGCAGCUGCUAGGAUGAUGUUAAACAAAUUAGAACAUGCCGAAGUUGAUCUUCAAAAAGUUUUAAUAAUGGAACCCAACAAUAAGGAGUCUAAGGCGGAAUUACUGAAAUUGUCAGUUGUAUUAAAAAGGGACAGGGAAAAGCCUGAUCAACGGCCUGUGUCGAAAUUCACAGCUUCUAGAAACAAAUCAAACUCCAACAAUUUCAAUACCAUUAAACCCAUUUAUAUCCCUCCAAAAGAACAAUAUCAAGCACCAGAAAAGAAAAUUGAUGACAGUAAACCUACUUCUAUAUGGUCAUCAAGUGCUGAAAUAAUAGAAGUUAAACCAGUAAAAAAACCUCCUCAUACGCGAUCCAAAAAACCACUAAAACGUGUGGAAAUAACAGAAAUUGAUGGAAUAGGAGUGGAAACUAAAACGAAUCCUUCAAUUGUAGAAGUUAUUGAUACCCCAAUUAAACAACACGUUUUAGAAAAACAAGAGAUUGUCAAAAAACCCCAAGAGGAACCAUUUAAACAAAGUAUUGUGGAAAAUACAGAUGAAGAAUCUCGAAAACCAAUUUCUGCCUUUAAAAAACAAAAGUCUGAUAAAUUCGUAGAACCAGAAACGAAUAACUUUUCCUUACCCAAGCCAGAAAGUAAACUAUCGUGUCUUAGAACGGAAGAUCUGAAAGUAAUUGAAAAGUUAGAACCUUGGACCACACCUAAAGAUAUAAAAAACACUGUCAACGAUAACAAAAAGUUAACAGAAAUCAAUGAUGCCAUCGUUCAAUUUGAUUAUCCUAGAACUUCUGUGCAGUUCUACACAUCAUGGAAGAAUUUCAAAACUACUACUGAUAAAUACAAAUACCUUAAAGCGAUAGAACCUCACGAUAUACCCAAAUUGUUUUUAAAUUCAUUAGACAGCGCCAUAUUUAGUAGUAUUUUGGAUAUAUUGGUGAAACACUUUAUUGAAAAUAAGGAUCCCAUAUUCAACAUACUAAAUUAUUUCACAGAGGUCAAAAGGUUUGGCGCAAUUGCCAUGUUUAUGAGCAGUGAUGACAAAAAAAACUUAUGGAAAUUAUUGGAUUAUAUGAAUGAAACUAAAGAAAUGGAGAAGCCGUAUAUUGAGAGAUUAAUUAAAAAAUACGAACUUUAAUUCCCUUUACCACUAACGCACUUUAAUUUUUUCUGCAGUUUUUAGUCCACUCAGUGACUAAAUAUUCCCAAGUGCCGUGCAUCUUUAUAUUUUACAUAUUGUUAUGAUUCUGUCUUUCUGUUAAAUACAUAUUUAUAAUUUU